GUUUCCUUUCUUGGGUACAGCGUCUUGAGGGUGCCACACCAAUUCCAAGUACUUUCUCCAGCCAAGCACAAGCCUCUGCAAGACGUGGAGACGCUCAGCACAGCCGAAGGCUUUUGCUGGCACUGAAAGGAAGGGCUGGGAACUGCAAGGGGGAAGAAAAGCCAGAGGAAAACACCCAGCACAGAGCAUCGGCUCACGUGUACCCACCUGUGGUUUUACAGCAUUUCUCCCAGAAAUCCCAGCAAACUCCAGCUGGGAGAGCCAUGCCCUCUUCCCAUAGCGCUUGGUACCCAGCCCCACAUCCAUCACCCAUCGCUUUGUUCCCACCCUCCUAAUCUCAGGACCAGAGAGAGCAGAUCCAGACUCCUGUCGGGAUGGACACCUCUGCCUUGGAUCUUCGGGGCUGGGAGGAAAAAUUCCCCUCAGGAAAGAGGAGCAAACCCUACAGCACCACGGAGAAAUAUCCGGGUGAAGCGCUUGGUCAGAGACGGUCGCCUCUGGGUACCACCGGAGCAUCCUUUAACUUGCCUUUAGAGCCAUCCGAGAGGAUUUUCCUUCUUACAAGGGAGAGGAAGAGGAGCCGCAGCAUCCCUCGCACCAUGCCCAUCGCUCGCCCCGCCGGCCGAAUCCCCGACGCCGCCUGGACCUCGGGCUUGAGGGAGAUGACGGAGCCCUGGAAAGGUGCCUUGGGCUGCCUCGGCGUGGCCGUCUUCUUCGCCAUGACCAUUGGCAUCAUCUCCUGGCAGGCGCUAGAGCAGUCAUCGGAGGAGUGGGUGCUGCGGGGCCGGGCGGGAGGGGUGCUGUGGGAGCGCCGUCGGGGUGCCCUGCUCCUACGAGCGCUGCCCGAGGGGCAGCCGGUGGCCGUGAUCGCCGUGGGUGGCGUGCCCGCGGCCGAGCCACCCCCACCACGGGACCGGUGCUGGCAGGACGGAGGCCAGUUCUGCUACGCAUGGGAGGAGGCGGCCGAGCUCCGGCUCUCCCUCGAGCCCCCGCCGGCCCCCGGCACCGAGUGCUACAGUGUCCGCUGGACCCCGCUGCGCCCCGACGUGAUGCUGAAGGAUUGCUUCUCCAUGGCCAAUAUCUCCUGGUACGGAGGGGCGAGCAUCCGUGCCCAGCGCUGGCCGUUCAACAGUGCCGACAGUCCAGCACAGCCCUUUGUCAGCGGAGAUUUUGGCAAAAACCCCACUGGAUACGGCCCUGUGCUAGAAAGAUACUUCUUAGGAUCAACAGGAGUGACAGUAACCGUGGCACCUGAUGUGCCCUUUGUCCUCUCGCUGGAGAGCAACCGGCAUUUCUGCCUGGGUGGCGCCGGGGGCCCCCUGCACUACCUCCUCUGCAUCAGCUCCGACGUGGCCACCGCGCACCGGCACGUGGGCACCCAGCUGGUGGGGCCGGCGCGGGUGCUGCCGGACACGGCCCUGCUGGGGUCUCCCAUCUGGCAGUAUUAUGGCCCGGUGGGCUCAGCUGCCAAAAUUAAGCGAGGAUUGAGGUCGCUCACCAGGAGACUGAAGCGGCACCGUCUUCAGGAGGGGGUCCUGGCCCUGGGGGAGCACAGCACUGCCACUCUCGCCGCCGCGGAAUAUGUGUCCAUGGAGCAGAGGAGGAGGCGCAGUUUAGCCCAUGCCUGGGACCCCGCGCUGAUCGACCCCCUGCGGCUCUCCAUCACGCUGUCCCCCUACACCAGCAUCGCCUCCCCGCUCUUCCUGCGCUCCCUGAGGGACAACGAGGCCGGCUACUGGCUGAGCCUGCAGCCCCGCUUCGGGGGCUGCUUGGUCCCGCUGCUGACCACCUGGAAGGGACGGCUCUGCGCCCGCCUGAACGUCACCAGCGAGGCGGCGCUCAGCUGGUACCUGGCCCGCGCCCGGGCCCUGCGGCAGGCACUGGGGGCCUCCUACGUGGUCUUCGAGGGUGCCGAGGGCAAUGCCUUCCUGGAGCAAGCCGUGUCCCCUCCUGCUGAGCUGGCCGGUGACCGAUACGCCGGGGCACUGGCAGCAGCGCUGGCCACGCUGGGGAACGCUACGGUCAUCAGCGCCGGCGCCAGAUCUAGUCAUCUACCACUCUUCGUCCAGAUGAGCCCACGGCGCUCGGACUGGAGCCACGCGGGCCUGAAGGGGCUUAUCCCCUCUGUGCUGCACUACAGCCUGCUGGGCUACAACUUCUUCAUCCCUGACGCAGUGGGAGGCAGCCUGGCUGGUGAUGCCCCGGGGGACCAGGAGCUGUACGUGAGGUGGCUGCAGAUCGUGACCUUCCUCCCCGUGAUGGCCUUCAGCACCCCACCCUGGCUCUGCUGCGACACCUGGGUCCUGAACCUUACCCGGCAGUGCAUACAGAGGCACCGGGACUUGGUGGUGCCGCUCAUCCUAAAAUACAGCGAGGAGUGGCUGCGUUUGGGGUACCCCAUCUUCCGCCCGGCGUGGUGGCUCAGCCCAACGGACCCAACCGCUUUCACCAUCGAGGAUGAAUUUCUCAUCGGAGAUGAGGUCUUGGUGGCCCCAAUAACAGAAAAAGGGCAAACGUGGCGAGAUAUCUACCUGCCCGGAGAAGGGCACCAGUGGAUGGACAUCAACACUGCCCGUGUGUUUGAUGGAGGCACCGUCCUCAGGAAUUACUCUGCCAGCCUUGAAGAGGUGCCAGUUUUUGUAAAGACUUCCUAAAUACGGAUUGUUGUGGCUUUUGGGCAGUUGCCCUACUUCAGAGCAGCACUGGCCAAAUGCGGUCACUUUUCCUUAAGAUAAUUUCUUGCACUUUUCUAAGAAUGUGUUUUUUUAUUAUUAAUAUUUCAGCAGAAAUUGUUUGAAUCUUCUAUUAUUUGCUGCUAUUCUAAAAUAGCAACAGUACAGCUUGGGCACAAAUACACAUCCACACCACGUUGACCUCCAUCCUUUGGGGUUUCACGGGGAGGUGUCUGUGUGCCUGUGUUGUGUUUUGGUGGGCACAUCCAACACUUCCAGGUCCCUGGCACCCUGGUCAAGGAUGCUGCCUUGGCCGGAGAGUGGAUUUUCCAGAAUCUGAUAUAAACAAACAUCACCUGUCACGAUUGGAUUUAUGCAUUUAAAGAAUAAGAUGUAUAUUCAGGGAAAUGUAAGUACAAUAGCUCUAUACUUGUGCCUGGACAUCAUGUGCUAAAUGCUACAUGCUUCUCUCAUCUGAUGCUGCGUCUGGUCCACCAGGAGAGAGGACUCGGGGGGAAAUGGAGCACAGGUCUCUGUACAGAGAUUAAAUCACUGCAUAGCCCAGAUGCUGCCGGCAUCUUCCUCCAGAUCUUGCCCAAAGUCAAACUGAAGAUAGAAUUGGUUUUUGCUAUUCUUCACCUAUUGGAAAGUCACCAACUUUUUAGUUAGGUUUAGUGCCUGGCUGAAGAAAUAAAAAACCACCAAGUUCAUGCAUGGUGCAUUUCUAAAAAUAAAAUAACACCACAUGCUGUAAAAGUUCUCAAGCAGCCAAUUUCUUUGUGUCUGUUAAUAGGAUACACCUCAUUUCUACAGUGAAUUUGCUUUAAAUUGAGUUUCCUGUUCUUUGUUGCUGCUGUGUCAGGGUUUGUGCUGAUGUCACUGGGCAGUUUCUGGGUUAUAAAGGGUAAUGUCGCAUCACUGCCAGCUAAAAGAAUAGUGCUAAUGCAUUUUCGAUCUUGUGAGCAUUUGGAUAUUAAAGACUGCAUGUGGAGUCAC